AUGUGCGCUCGGCACUUCCACUGCGACUACGGCGCGGUGCGGUGGGGCGUGAGCCUGGGUCCGGGUUGGAUCAUCACAACCCCAUUUGCGGCCUCACAGGACUGGCUCAAGUCAUCGAGGAACCUUGACAAGAGGCUCCAGGAGUGGGAGAAGCACAUUGAUGCCGAUUCGGAUUUGUCACGCGGGCCAGAGGGAAUACCAAACUUCACGAAGAGCGCGUGGCUCCUGAAUCCGGAUGCCAUGGUGGCACACGUCGAAACUGACGUUGACGGGGAAGACGACGGGGAUGAGGCUGGGCCGAUGGACGACGCGAUCGGUGAGACUUGA